ACGUCGGCUUUGUAGUCAGGCAGACAUAAUAAAGUCGUCCAAUCACAAAAAAAAUCAGAAAGGGGAUUUUUGCUGUAUCUUGGCUCAGAUGGUGGAACACAGCACUGGUUAGUUGGUCCAGAUGUUGGAGGACCAGCGGCACCGGCAGGGGGAGGGCAGCCUGGAGGCGGGGGAGGGUGACACUGAGCCCAGCAUGCUGCUGCAGAAACUCAAGAGCAACAUAUCUAAGAGUGUUCAGACCAAAGUGGAUCAGAUCCUGCAAGACGUUCAGCGCUUCUCCGACAAUGACAAGCUGUACCUGUACCUCCAGCUGCCCUCUGGACCCAGUUCUGGAGACAAGAGCGGCGGUGACUCCUGCUCAUUCAACACAGCCGACCAGCUUCACACCUGUAACUGGAUCCGCAGUCACCUGGAGGAGCAUUCAGACACCUGCCUGCCUAAACAGGAUGUCUACGAGACAUACAAGCGAUACUGUGAGAACUUGCAGCACCGGCCUCUGAGUGCCGCCAACUUCGGGAAGAUCAUCAGAGACAUUUUCCCCAACAUCAAGGCCCGGCGGCUCGGCGGCAGAGGACAGUCUAAAUACUGUUACAGCGGCAUCAGGAGGAAGACAGUUCUCAACAUGCCUCUGCUGCCCAACCUGGACCUGAAGAAUGACCCGGCAGAGCUGACUGAGCUGGUCCAGACCUACAAACAGGAAGUGACAGAGGCGGCGUGCGAGCUGAUCUGUGAUUGGGCACAGAAGAUCCUGAAGCGUUCGUUUGACACGGUGGUGGAGAUCGCUCGCUACUUGAUCCAGGAGCACAUCGUGAACCCUCGCUGCAGCCAGGCCGAGCUGGUUACCUCUGCCGCGCUCGCAGGUGGUCCAGCCAAACCCCACAAGGUCAUCAAGAAAACUCCAGUCAUCUCUAAAGCUGAGAGUGACGGAGCAGCAGAUCCGAAGAAGGACCUCGGAGAUUCUUCCUCCUCGUCUUUGCUGAAGCCGCUGUCUGGAGACAGAACAGCAGCAGCAGCCAAACCUUCCUCCCUGGAUGCCCCUCUUCCUCCCUCCUCUUCUUCCUCUUCCUCUCUACGUCCUGCGAUGGAGGCCGUCAUGACGCAGUACCCCAGAAUCCUCCCUCGGAGCUCCAUCCCUGAUAAGGCCCAGCUCUCACUCCGCUCCUCUCCGCCCUCGUUGGCUCCCAAAGAUACCCCUGGUGUCGGGGUGGCAUCUGGACAUGGAGGUCCAGCUACCAGCAGGGGUGGAGUGAAAGUCAUCGCCAUGGCAACGCUGCAUCAGCAGCAGGGCGGUCCUGCGGUGAUGAUCAUGCCACAGGGCUGUCUGCCCUACGAGAGGGAGGUUGCCCCGCCUCCACCACCGCAGCAGCACCACGCCCCAGCUGCCCCCACCUCUGUGGUUCAGAAGCCUCGGAGCAACACCAACAAGCGCCCUCUGGAAGUAGUGACAUCAGGUGGCGGUGCAGCAGGCGGGUCUGGUGGCUCCACUGCCAACACUCCUCCAGUGAAACGGAAACGUGGACGACCGAGAAAACCUCGGCCAGAAGACAGCCUGGCUGCACCUCCUACUGCUCUUUCUCCUCAGCCUCCACCUCCUGCACCUCCCUCCCAAUCUCCCAUCAUCACCUCCCUGACCGGCGGCGUCAUCCAGAAAGCGUCUUCCUCCUCCUCCUCCUCCUCCUCACAGCAGGUGCUGGAGGUGGUGAUCCAGGAACCUUCGGGCCCUGAGUAA